AUGGUGAGUAGAAAGACCGUGCUUAAAUUCGGUCGUAAUUUCGACCUCUCACCUGGGGUUUCGCGGUUCUCGGCAGCUAGGAUGCACCUAAAACGUGGAGCCAAGAAGCCAGUUGUGACGAAAUCUCGAAAGCUACUUCUACUUCCACUUCAACGAAGGGAGCCAAAGUUUAAACUUGGUCAUCCAAAGAAGGUCUCACUGAGGAGAAGUCUGGUUCCGGGAACCGUUCUCAUCGUUCUUGCUGGACGCCAUAAAGGAAAACGUGUUGUUUUCUUGAAACAGUUGAAGAAAUCUGGUCUUCUUCUUGUUACUGGUCCUCAUAAGUUGAACAAUUUCCCUCUGCGGAGAAUAGCACAAGCUUUCGUCAUCGCUACCAAAACGAAGAUUGAUGUUUCUGCUGUCAACGUCCCAGAGCACAUCAAUGAUGAUUAUUUCAAGCGAAAGACGCUAUCAGGGAAGAAGGGACAGAACAUUUUUACCACAGGAAAGGUUGAAUACCAGGUUACAGAACAAAGAAAAACUGACCAAAAGGCCAUCGACAAACCCAUUUUGGAUGCUAUUAAGAAGCAUCCUGAGCACAAAUUCCUCUUCGGUUAUUUGGGGUCACGUUUCAUGUUGGGAAAGAGAGAUUACCCACACAACAUGGUCUUCUAA